CCUCUCCUCUCGCAGCUGCGCCAGGACAGCCGGCGCGCGGCCGAGCCCACAAGUUGCCGGCAGCACAGCGCCGCGCCGCCUCCUCCAGCUCGCAGCCCUCUGCGCCCACCCCGCAGCGGUGGCCAGUGCCAGGACGCACAUCCCGCCGACACUGACCCCAGAUGUGAAAGCGGGACUGCAGCCCCUCACCCCCCGGCGCGAUCCACAGAGUCUCGCCAGCCUCUCCUCCGUCAAACCCCACGGCUGGAAGAUGUGGCAGCCGGCCACCGAGCGCCUGCAGCACUUUCAGACCAUGCUGAAGUCUAAAUUGAAUGUCCUCACACUGAAAAAGGAACCUCUCCCAGCUGUCAUCUUCCAUGAGCCGGAGGCCAUCGAGCUGUGCACCACCACACCCCUGAUGAAGGCCAGGACUCACAGUGGCUGCAAGGUCACCUAUCUGGGGAAAGUGUCCACCUCAGGCAUGCAAUUUUUAUCGGGCUGCACCGAGAAGCCGGUCAUCGAGCUCUGGAAGAAGCAUACACUUGCCCGAGAAGACGUGUCCCCAGCCAACGCUCUCCUGGAAAUCCGGCCGUUCCAGGUGUGGCUGCAUCACCUCGACCACAAAGGUGAGGCCACGGUUCACAUGGAUACCUUCCAGGUGGCCCGCAUCGCCUACUGCACCGCCGACCACAACGUGAGCCCCAACAUCUUCGCCUGGGUUUAUAGGGAGAUCAACGACGACCUGUCCUACCAGAUGGACUGCCAUGCCGUGGAGUGCGAGAGCAAGCUGGAGGCCAAGAAGCUGGCCCACGCCAUGAUGGAGGCCUUCAAGAAGACUUUCCACAGUAUGAAGAGCGAUGGGCGGAUCCACAGGGACAGCUCGUCCGAAGAGGUUUCCCAGGAACUGGAAUCCGACGAUGGCUGAAUGGACUUGAGACGCUGAGCAAAGGCAGCAUUGGUCACGGGAGUUCCAGGUGACAGGUGGAUGAGCAACGAUUCAAAUUUGGGAUGAAAAGACUGCCACACUAUUGGCUGACCAUGCUUUUUAAAUUCCGAAGAGCAAUUCUAAAUCUAAAGAAAUGUAUCAUUAAAGUAAUUACGUCACAUUGAAAUCUGCUGCUGCUGUGACUGUGAGGAGGGUGGGAGCUUGGAUGGGGAGGAAGGUUCUAGACUUUCUCUCUCUCUCUUUUUUUUUUUUUUUUUCCCUUAUACCAACUCCUCCUCAUGGGAGAUCUUCAUGCCGAUUUUUUUUAACACUCUCAGGCAAAUACUCUGCGGCUGUUAUUUGAGGGACCAUUCCAAUCUGCCUUAUGAAAUCCAACCAGAAAGUUAGAGGCACCUCUGGAUCCCUGUGGGGGGCAGCGAGGGUGCUGAUGCUGGUGCAGAGCCUGCAGGGUGGAAGGGACAGCUCAGGAGGACCCAGAGCUCCUCUCCACGGCAUGUUCCAGACCCUCCUCAGUACGUGAAUCAGCACAGCCUUUAUCAAGCUUUACAACUAACAACCUGAUAGUUGGCAGUUAAUUCGCAGUUAAAGAUAAUGCUUUUAUUUACAUGAAUAUAUCAAGUAGUACCCUCUUAUUGUAUUCACUUCAUCUAUUUUCUUAGAAUACUUGCAACUACUAAUAAUCCCUUCCCUUCUCCUGCACCAUUCAUCCUCCCUCCCCUUGCAGCAUCCCUAGAGAAAUGGAUUCUCAGCAUCCACUGCAGGACAUCAAAGGGAAGAAAAUGAUCAAGCAAAUGAAAUAAACAGUGAACACACCAACCAGAAAUCUAAAGCAGAAGCUCCCUGAGAAAAAGGGAGCAAACGAUUAGCACGUAACACCCCCUGUGGAGGCGGACCCUUUUACAAACCUGAUUUAUGGUCACUUGCUUGGUCCAUGGUCCUGUCUGAUGAACCCUCCAUGGAAAGCUUCAAAUCUCUUUUGCCGCCACAAGGAAGCUUUGCUCCAGCACUCAACACUGCUCUCAAGUAGGGAAUGAGUUGCGUAAAUGCAGCUGGUCUAGAGAAACUACGUCCACUGUAACCUAAAGGGAAAUCUUAUCUUGUUCUCUGAAAGUUGGUGAUGUCUUAGAGUCAGAAUUGCCCACUGGUUCAUGGUUUCUAAUGAGAAAUUCUCCCUAGGAAAGCUGAGAAUUCUCAGUCUCACAGAUCUUUAAAUACCAUCAAGAAUGGAAUGUGUUUCAUGGGAUGAAAUACAACGUGUUGGUUCAGAUACAUGCAUUUAAGGCUGAGAGCAGAUGAGUAAUUUUCCAAGUAAUACUGCUCCUUUACAAAGUCUGUUUUUAUUCUUGGUAAUGCUAGGGGCACUGGGCACCUAGAAGCCUUAAAUGAAAGCCAAUAUAAUCCAGACAGCGAUGGUGUCAGCAUUUGGUCUGUGGAUCUGUGUGUCCUUGUAUGUGUUUGUGUGUUUGUACGUGUGCCCCUGUGUGUGGGUCCAGUUUUCAGGCAUGUACAGUGAGCAUGGCUCAUACUGAGGAGGACUCGUCUCCUGAAGAUAUGCUUGUUGCUUUACGACAUAUGUAAACGAUUCUUUAGCAUAAAUGCAUUCAUUCUUUAAUAAAAAUAUGUUUGAGUUAAUAAAUCCAAAGAGUUUCA